AGAAGGACGACAGCCAGGUUUCUCUGUUUCUGCCUCAGUGCGAAAAAGAGCGACAUCGCACGCUCAUCAGCUCGUCCUCGCCACAUAUAUACUCCACACGCUGAGGUGGAUCGCUCUCUAUUUUACUCCUCAUAGCCAAGUUGUACGCCACACCAGUGGGCUGACUGACGCCGGCGUGGAAGUUUGUGGAAAGAAGAGUUCACUAGCCUCCGUUGCAAACGUGUGGAGGAACGUGAUCUCCGGGCAAUGGAUUCGUUCAACAUCUUGGACGAUAUCUUGGGAAAUGAGGAUGACGAGCUUGACUUUGAGGACAACGAUGCAAAGCAAGCACAUUCGGAGGUUGCUAGUCCCCGUGAAAGACUUGAGCCAACGGAUCCUCCAAAUCAGAAAACGUCCGUUCAAUCCGAGUCAGCAGAGGAGCCAGUCUCUAAGCCACAAGAAUCAUCAAUUCCCCCAUCGUCCGACGACAAUCAUCAGCGAAUCACCGAUGGGUCCGCGAAUGACAAUCUCAAUAAAGAACGUGAUCGAGCCUUCAAGCCUGAACGGCAAUUGGAUUCGAGAGAAGCCCGUCCGUCGACAGAUCAGAGUGAUCCUCGGGCUGGCGUAAGGCGCGCAGAGCUCGAAAAGGAGCCAUCUGCUCCGCGGCAAGUUAGAAUCACCAGAGAACCCGACUUGUGGCGCCCUCAGGAUGACGACAGGAAAGGACCGGGAAGUGAGUCUAGGCGACGGAAUGAACCUGAUUCGUGGAGACCUCAAGAAAGAGAACGGGAACGCCCGCGCGAGCGCGAGCGUGAUGAUAGGAUCUGGCCCCGGGAUAGCGAGAACAAGGAGCGGGAGCAAAUGCGGGAGCGGUACAGUGACCGCCGUUCAUCGAACAGACAAGAGGAUGUUACUCGCGAUAGGUCACGCAUAUAUGAAAACUUCAGUGCAAGAGAUUCGAGAGCGCUGCAGAAUGGAAAACAUCGGGAAGGCGAGGUUACGGAGAACCUACCCACGCAAAUCAGAGAUUCACAAUUGUCGGCACGUCGUCUUUCCGGAGAUGCGCAAGGUUAGCGUGGGUAGUCAGAUCUUGGAAGCGUGAGCUGUCCGCUGAAGCUAGAAAAUCUCAUCACAGAUCCGGCGUCAGCCUUGGCAAGGGAUCAUGCAUCAUAUGAUCGGGAGAAACUCGUUGAAGACCGGCGUAGGCAUGGCGAUCUUCCGGAGAGCAGGCGAAUUUCGGAGGGA